AUGAGUAAAAAAGUAGAAAAGGAACUUAAUAAUUCCAAAAAAACCCCGAAGGAUUUAACUAAAUCGCAGUCAAAAGAUAAAGAAGUUAACCAAAAAACCGCCGAACAAAAAUCGGACCACGACCAAUCAAUUACUCAACUACAAGAAAACAUUGUUAACCUAAAAAAAGAAAUUGAACUUUUGAAAGAAAGUAAUCUUCGUUCGUUGGCUGAUUUAAUUAAUCAAAAAAAGCAUCAUGCUGAAGAAAUAAAUGAAGUAAGAAAAUACGGUAAUGAAAGAUUCCUUAAAAAAAUUCUUUCCUUUCCGGACAGUUACGAACGAGCCUUGGCUAUUAGUCAAAACAAACCUAAUCUAAAAAUUGCUGACUUCUUAUCGGGUUUUCAAAUGGUUUUAGCGGAAUUCCAAAACAUUUUAAAGAAAGAGGGUGUGGAAGAAAUAAAAGUUGAACUUGGCAAGGAUAUUGCCGAUGCCAAUUUGCACCAUGCUUUAGAGGUAGAGGAAACUAAUGAUUAUCCGGACGGAACUAUUUUACAAGUUUUACAAAAAGGUUAUCGAAUUCACCAACGAGUUUUGCGUCCUGCUGAGGUAAAGGUUAGUAUUGACCUCGGAACAACUAACUCCUGUGUAGCGAUUAAUGGUAAAGUUAUUGCCAACAAGGAAGGGAAAAACACCACUCCCUCAGUGGUUUUUUUUGACGAAGAAGGUAAGAAAAUAUUAGCGGUCGGUCAAGCUGCCAAAAUGAAAGCCGUUACCAAGCCAAGCCAAGUAGUUUUUGAGGCUAAACGCUUAAUUGGCAGAAAAUUUGCUUCGCCCGAACACGGGAUUGACCUCCGUCAAGACGCAAUGGCCUUACAGCGUCUAAAAGAAGCCGCCGAAAACGCUAAACAUGAAUUAUCUUCCUUAGAAAGCACCAAUAUUUUGCUUCCUUUCAUUGCUGCUGACUCUUCAGGUCCCAAGAACAUUGAUAAAAAAUUAACUCCCGAAACUUAUUGCCGCACUUUUGAAAAGCAAAUCGAAGAGUUCAAAAAUCACAAGAAAUUUAACGAAGAUAACCCAGAUUUUCAAGAGUUUCAAAGGUUAUAUAACAAUUUAAAGAAAGACGUGGAAGAAAAAAACUACCCUGAAUUGAAAAAGCAAAUCAGCAAAUUUGAUGAAAUAAUACCACUUUACAAUAAGUUAAAGAAGGAAAUGCCUGACGAUGAAGAAAAAAAAACCGAAGCGGACGAUACUCUUGAUAUUUUAGGAGUAUCAGAAAAAGCUUCGGCGGCGGAAAUCAAAACUGCCUACCGCAAACUGGCUUUAAAAUGGCAUCCCGACCACAAACCCGAAAGUGAAAAAAAAGUCGCCGAGGAAAAGUUUAAAGAAAUUAGUGAGGCUUAUGGUGUUCUGUCCGACUCCACCAAGCGAGAAAAUUAUGACCUCUAUGGAAGUGCCGAAGGUCUUAACCAAGGAUUUGGUUCUAGCCAAGGGUCUGCCGGUCCUGGCGACGACUUUUUUAAGAAUAUUUUUGAGAGUUUUUUUGGUGGUCAAGUUGAUGAUUACACCAAACAAAGAACUACUCAGGGAAGAAGCGGAGUGGAAACUGAAGCCGGGGAAGAUAUUUUAAUUAGUCUGUCUUUAACUCUCAAAGAGUCAAUUUUAGGGGUCAAAAAAAAAAUCGUUUUAGAUUUAAAAAAAGCUUGUCAAACUUGCCGACAAACCGGUGCUUAUUCGGCGGCUGACCUAAUUACUUGUCGCAGUUGUCAAGGUCAGGGGAUAGUUAAUACCAUUCAACAAACCGUUUUAGGAAAUAUUCGCACGCAAACUACUUGCCCGAAAUGUCAAGGGCAAGGUAAAGUAAUUAGCAAGAAAUGUCGCAGUUGUAAUGGCGAAAAAUUUCUCCUUCGCUCCGAGACUAUCGAACUGAAUAUUCCCCGGGGUAUUCAACCCGAGAAAAAACUUCGUUAUCAAGGAAUUGGCAAUGACGGACUCCAUGGUGACCGAAAAGGUGAUAUAUAUGUUAUCGUAAAAGUCAAAGAAAACUCUUAUUUUCAGCGUAAAGGUAAUGACUUACAUAUUAAUUUACCAAUUUCUUUUUUAGAUGCGAUUUUGGGUAGUAUGGUUGAAGUGAUUACUUUGGAAGGAAUCGAAAAAAUAACGGUAGCAGCGGGGACUCAAAAUGGCGAGUGUCUGAUUAUGCGUAAGCGAGGCUGCUAUUUAGGAACUAAUCAAACGGCUCGGGGCGAUUUAUAUAUUUGA